GCGGCAGAACCAGGAGUCCGGAUUUUCAUUCUCCGGAGCGGGGCGCCGGGAUACGGCGGGUGGCAAAACCCGGCGCCCGGAAGCCCUUGCUUUCUUUGACGCAAAGGCUCGGGACGAAGCAGCCACCGUCUGCCCAGCGCCGGGCUAGGAGCGACCCCAGACGGAGCCUCCGAAGUCCCUCCGCCCCACAGCUUCGGCCGUCCCCGCCGCCGUCCUCGUCGCCAUGGAGUGUCCGCACCUCAGCUCCAGCGUCUGCAUCGCCCCGGACUCAGCCAAGUUCCCCAACGGCUCCCCGUCGUCCUGGUGCUGCAGCGUGUGCAGGUCCAACAAAAGCCCUUGGGUCUGCUUGACUUGUUCAAGUGUCCACUGUGGAAGGUAUGUGAACGGCCAUGCAAAAAAACAUUAUGAAGAUGCACAGAUAACCUUGCCCAACCAUAAGAGGUCAGAAAAGCAAGAGAAAGCUCAGCAUACAGUGUGUAUGGAUUGCAGUAGCUACAGCACAUACUGUUAUCGCUGUGACGAUUUUGUGGUCAAUGACACCAAGCUGGGCCUGGUGCAGAAAGUGAGAGAACACUUACAGAACUUGGAAAACUCAGCUUUUACAGCUGACAGGCAUAGAAAAAGAAAAUUAUUGGAAAACUCAUCACUAAACAGCAAGUUAUUAAAAGUAAAUGGAAGUGCAACUGCCAUCUGUGCCACAGGCCUCCGGAAUUUGGGCAACACAUGUUUCAUGAAUGCUAUCCUUCAGUCACUCAGUAACAUUGAGCAGUUCUGCUGUUAUUUCAAAGAGCUGCCUGCUGUGGAAUUACGGAAUGGGAAAACAGCAGGAAGGCGAACAUACCACACCCGGAGCCAAGGGGACAACAACGUGUCUCUAGUAGAAGAGUUUAGGAAGACACUGUGUGCUUUAUGGCAAGGCAGCCAGACUGCAUUUAGUCCUGAGUCCUUGUUUUAUGUUGUCUGGAAGAUCAUGCCUAACUUCAGGGGUUAUCAGCAGCAAGAUGCCCACGAAUUCAUGCGCUACCUUUUGGAUCACCUACACUUGGAACUUCAGGGUGGCUUCAAUGGUGUUUCCCGAUCAGCAAUUCUACAGGAGAAUUCUGCUCUGUCUGCAAAUAACAAAUGCUGCAUAAAUGGAGCCUCAACUGUUGUCACAGCAAUAUUUGGAGGAAUUCUCCAGAAUGAGGUCAACUGCCUCAUCUGUGGGACAGAGUCAAGGAAGUUUGAUCCAUUCCUAGAUCUCUCCUUAGAUAUUCCAAGUCAAUUCAGAAGCAAGCGCUCUAAGAACCAGGAAAGUGGGCCGGUUUGCUCAUUACGAGAUUGUCUACGAAGCUUCACCGACCUAGAGGAACUUGACGAGACAGAGUUGUAUAUGUGCCACAAGUGCAAAAAGAAACAAAAGUCCACAAAAAAGUUUUGGAUUCAGAAACUUCCCAAGGUGCUGUGCUUGCACUUGAAAAGGUUCCACUGGACAGCGUAUUUAAGAAACAAAGUUGAUACAUACGUAGAAUUCCCGCUGAGAGGCCUGGACAUGAAGUGUUACCUACUAGAGCCAGAGAAUAGUGGCCCGGAGAGUUGCCUGUAUGACCUCGCUGCUGUGGUGGUGCACCAUGGCUCUGGGGUUGGUUCUGGACAUUACACAGCAUAUGCAACUCAUGAAGGCCGCUGGUUCCAUUUCAAUGACAGUACUGUGACCAUGACUGACGAGGAGACCGUUGGGAAGGCGAAGGCCUACAUUCUGUUCUAUGUGGAGCGUCAGGCCAGAGCUGGAUCAGACAAACUUUAAUACUUCCUCUGACCACAGUUCAAUUGUACCGGACAGACAUUUCCAAUUUUCCAUAAAUACUUGAUCCAAGAGUUAAUUUCGUUAUGCACUUUUUCAAUUUCCAGUUUGGGGUUUAGUUUGGUCAGUGGUAGUGACUUACUCAAUAUGGGCACCAACUAAUUUUUGUUGUUGUUCUACCAGAAAACCUCAGCAGGCAUCUUGAUUGGCUGCUUUAGUUGUAAUAACUCAAGUUUUCUAUGUAGUUUCCAGGACUUAGUUCUGUUUGACUUUUUAUAUUAACGUUUUCAGUUCUCUCCAAGGCACAUGCGCUCUGUCCUCACAUUCUGGGAGCCACCCCACUUGCUGCCUUUCAUAGCAGUCAGGAUCGUGUGUGCAGGACCUGUGGCCACGGUCUCACAGUGACUGCUCAGGAAUUCCUUCUGACUGUAGGCGGUAGCUACUGCCUGUGUCUCUGGGCUGCUGUUUCUCAGCGUUCAAUAAACCUGUCCGUUCUGUUGCAUCCAU